CGGUUGUGUCACGUGGGCCCCGCUCCCGCCGCCGCUGCUGCCGUCGUCUUUCUCUGUCUCGACUGAGGCAGCCAUCUUGCUCUUGCCGCGUGCUGUUGUUGGAGGACCCUCCCUGCUUCAGAUUUACCAACAGCAUGAAUCAAGAAAAGUUAGCCAAACUUCAGGCUCAGGUCCGGAUAGGGGGCAAGGGUACAGCUCGCAGAAAGAAGAAGGUGGUACAUAGAACAGCUACGGCUGAUGACAAAAAACUUCAGAGUUCUCUAAAAAAACUGGCUGUGAAUAAUAUAGCUGGUAUUGAAGAGGUGAACAUGAUUAAAGAUGAUGGGACAGUUAUUCAUUUCAACAAUCCCAAAGUCCAAGCUUCCCUUUCUGCUAACACCUUUGCAAUUACUGGUCAUGCAGAAGCCAAACCAAUCACAGAAAUGCUUCCUGGAAUAUUAAGUCAGCUUGGUGCUGACAGCUUAACAAGUCUUAGGAAGUUAGCUGAACAGUUCCCUCGGCAAGUGUUGGAUAGCAAAGCACCAAAACCAGAAGACAUUGAUGAAGAGGAUGAUGAUGUUCCAGAUCUCGUAGAAAAUUUUGAUGAGGCAUCAAAGAAUGAAGCUAACUAAAAGUUUUUCUGGAGUUUGGAAGCUGGCAUGGACUAGAUUUAACAAAUCAGCUAUGUGGUUCCAAAGUUUUACAGACAUGGAGAACAUCAACUGUUACUAGUUCAGUAAUAUAAAUAUUUUGUAUAUUAAUAAUGCUGUUUGUUCAGCAUUUUUCGGUCAUUUGAUUUUGCAUUUUGCACUUCCUCCCAGGAUCUAUUCUUUCGGUCAAAAUACGAAGUAUUGGUGCAGUUUGAGGGUGUUUUGGUGUUUGAUUCUCAGUUUUCUGUUUUGUUUUUUUUGUUGGGGUAUUUUUGGUAUGUGUAUGUUUAUGUAUGUAUGUGGGUAUGUGUGUAUACAGUGGAGAGCAAAUUGGAAAACAGUUCUAUUUAUCCUCCUUCUUCCCCCAGUAGAAAAUAAAACAAAUCUUUACAUUUGUUAUUUUUAAUUUUUUUCUAAUAAUGCACAGAAUUAAUGAAAAGUGAGUAUCUUGGAUUUCAGAUCUGAGGAGAUUUUACCCUUGGAAGUUUGGUUUUAAUUUGCUUUGUUAACAUAUUUUUUAUACAUUUCUCUGGGUUUAAAAUGUCUUGAGAUAUUUUGCCACCAGCUCUGUGUUGGCAUAGGGGGUAGCGUAUCUUUGGUGCAUUUGCCUUAGAUUCACUUACCUAGUCAGACCCAGAAGAUUUUCUUCUAGCUUUCUUCCUAAAUGCCUUUUUCCCUCUCCUCUUGGUCUCCCAGUGGCCUGGUCAGCCUUUGGUAAUGCUCUUCCUCAUCUUCUACCUAGCCUGAGAAGGAUGUUCUCCAUAUAGAGUUAAGUGAGUGCCUAAUCCCUCUUUUGGUAAGACAUUUUUCCCUCAUCUUGAGGAACAGCAGCUCCAUCUUCAACUUUUUAUUUCCCCCUUGACUCUAUAGUUUGGUAGAUUUCAAACUGGAAUAGCUAGCAUGUGUUUGCUAAAUAAUUUUAUGCCAGCCUUAUCCUGUAUACUAGCUGUUCUUAAUAGCAGGUGCAAAAAUGCCUGUUUUCAGCAAGGUUAAAAUUAGGAGUGUCCUUUUGAGUCAGAAAAAGAUAGGCCAUAGACUCAUUCCCCAGCACAAAUGGUCAUUCUAUGAAAUGGUACUGGCUCCAGGAGGAUUUCUUCAGUCACUCUCCUACUCUUGGUCUUGAACCUACCUCUGGAUUGGAUCUUACUGUUGUAGCUGCUCACAGCAUCCUCCUGCAUGCUUAGAGUAAUGCUUUUGGGGGAACACUAGUAAAAUACAGUAUUUAUUUUUUUCACCUCCUUUCAGAGGACUUGGAGGUAAGUUGCAUUCAUUAAUUCAAGUUUCCCUCUUGCUGUCUGAUGAUAAAAGCUUGCAUUUUGCUAUAUCAGCAUUUGUUACAGCCAAUAUUUAAGGAUAAGAUUUAGAAAAUCUAUCAUUUCCUGGCCCACCAGCAAACUAACUAUGGCUUAACCUUGCAGCAUAUCUACUUUUGUUUCAAGCUAGAUAUCUUUAUUUGAUAUCUAAAGUGCAAGACCAACAACAUAUCAAGAGAUCUAUAGACAAGAAGGCAAAGCUCUUCUAUUUUUUUCAUCCAGACACUUCAAUUUAUUUUAUAAAUUUGUUCGUUUUUCCUGCUGUUUUAUAUAAUAUAUGAACUUAACUACAAAAUAAAGUAACAGUAAUAAAAUAACAAAAGAGGAAAAUAUUUCCUCUUGUGCUUCUCUUAUUAUUGUCUACAGAAUUUCCUUCUUUUGUAUUUCCUCUCUACUCCCCAACCCCAGAUGAAUUUCAGCCCAGUCAUUAUUUGAAAUAAUGUUUCAUCCAUUGUUAGGUUAGUAGCUCUAAAUGAUCUACAUAGUCCAGAAUUCUUUUCCUCUGACUGUCCCUGAUGGGCACAUUGUGGGAUCAGAGAGAGUUACGUAGACUUCCAAGUGAUUAAGGACAUAUAAGAGAUAGUAUAGCAAAUGAAAAAAGAGCACUCAUCUGGAAGUCAGGAUACUUGGAUCCUAGUCCAGGCUUGGCAUUUAACUAUGUGACCUGGGCAGGUCACCUAACUACUCUGAAGUUCAUCAUCAGACAAGUAAGAUGUUUCUAAAGCUUAAUAUUUUUUCUGCUCCUGUAGUUCGGUGAAUCUCAUUUCUGAAAAUUCUCAAGGAACUGAUUUUAUAUAUUUUCAGAAAUGCCUGUUUUUAUCAAGACCCAUAAAGCUUUUUUGUAUGUAUAUACUCUACUCUUUUUCCUUUUUGAUCACAUUGUAACUACUCACCCAGAGGAGCUCUGGUCAGUACUUCCUUUUAUCCUAUGGACAACAACUCUUAAUGGCUAGCUUCCUUUGGGUGCAAUGAGCCAGUAUUCUUUUUUGUUUUGUAUUUUCAUACCUUCCCCUUUCCUGGACAAAGCAUAUUGAGAUCUUAAUCCAAAGAAGUGUUCCUGCCUUCAGAGUGAGCAAGCAUGGAUAAGAGUAUGGAUGAAACUUUUGUAAAUAGUGUUCUUGGCAUAAAUAUUAAUUACACAGCUUUUUAAUAUAAGGUAGUUACUAAAUGUAUACUUUCUACGAAGAUCAUGUAUUUAUUGCCAAGAUAACUAUAGAAUAAACAUUUUCUGGGAAAAUUCACCUUAAAAUUUGGGAAUAAUUCAAGAAAUGUCUGUACAAAAUCGAUUCAUGGUCUUAGUUUUUGUGAUUAGUCCUUUCCAUUCAUGUGAAGGUCCUCAUUUAUCUGUCUUGGGGAGGCCCAAAGGAAAUAGUUGGGACCCUAUACUUGUUUUAAUCUUACUCUUCCUAUUAAGUAAUGGUUUAAGAAUUGGGACGCCUGGGUGGCUCUGUCGGUUGAGCGUCUGCCUUUGGCUCAGGUCAU